AAAGAAAUGGUAAUUUUAUUAUUGUUACUUUUAAGUCAAUAUAAUUGAAUUUAGACAAAUAUUUCAAUGAUGAAAAAUUAUUAUAUUUAAAUGUCAAAAUACAUAUAAACAUUUAUAGAUUAAUACUAAAAAUAAAUAUAUAAUGUGAAGUAUAAUAUUUUUAUUGUAAAAUAAAAAAUCUAAAAAAUAUUUAAUUAACAAAUAUAUUUUUUUAAAUUUUUUAAAUUUCUAUUUUUGUAUAUAUAACAUUAAUUAAAUAUAAAUUUUUAUGAAUUAAAUAAAUUAUUUUAUACAUUUAUUGAUAAAAAUAAAUAUUUAAAAGAUUUAUAUCAUAAAAAUUUAAUAUUAUAAAAUUAAAAAUUAUUAUUAAUUAUAUUAAUUAUAUUAUAAAAUUAUUAUAAAAUAUAUUUAUACAAUAAAAUGAAUUGCAAUAUAUUUGAUAUGAAUAAUUUAAUUAAAUAUUUUCUCUCUUGCACAUCGAUAAAUACAAUGGAGAUAUUUCUUCAAUCUUCUCAAGAAAGUAUCGAUUAUUUGCUUAAUUUAGAAAAACAAGAGGAAAUUUUAAAAAACACAGUAAAUAGUGAUUUAAUUAAAAAAUAUCCAAUAAAACAAUCUUAUCAAAGAGCAUUCUUAAAAUGGCUUAUGAAUAAGAUUGAAGAGAAAAAUGGUGAAAUUUGUGAUAUUAUGUAUAUUACAUAUUGUAAUUUAAUAUCUUCCACAAUCAAAGAAUCUAUUCAUUAUCGACACUUUUUAAUAGAAAAUGAUUGUGUUAGUAUAAAAGAAAGCACACAUAUUAUAUCAGAAGGUACAACAGGAUUAUGUAGUUGGCAGGGAGCUAUAGAAUUAAGUAAAUGGUGCAUGAAAAAUAAGAACAAAUUCUAUGGGAAAGUUGUUUUAGAAUUAGGUUGUGGAGUUGGAUUAACAGGAUUGUGUAUUAUUAAAAAUUGUUUUCCCAAACAAUAUAUAUUUACAGAUGGUCAUAAAACUGUUCUUGAAAUGGUUUCUGAAAAUAUUAAAUUUAAUUUAUUGAAUAAUGAAAACAAAAUACAAUCAAAAUUAAAAUAUGAUAGAUUGAAAUUACAAUUAAAAUAUAAUUAUACAGAUAUUAAAGUAAUGGAAUUAAAAUGGGAAGAUAUUAAUAAAUAUGUGAAUGAACAAUGGACUGUACCUGAUAUAAUAAUUGGAGCUGAUAUUUUAUAUGAUGCCAAAUCAUUUUAUGAAUUAAUAUUAGGAUUAAAAAAAUUAUUGUCUUUUGUUAUGGAUGGAUAUGCUAUUAUUGCAGCAACAAUUCGCAAUGAAAAUACUGUUUCACAAUUUCUUUAUCAGUUAGAAUAUCACAAUCUUUCUUUUGAAGAAUAUAAUGUAUCGCAGCAAACAGUGUAUGUACAAUUAACAAAUUUACCUAUUAAAAUAUUAAAAAUUUUUUGGAAAAGAUGAUAAAUUUUGAUUAAUAUUAUUAUUUUUAUUGAUAUUGUUAAGUAUAAGAAAACUAUAAGUAUAAUGAUAAGUAUAAAGAAAUUAUAGUUCCAUUCUAAAAAUUAUUAUACAUUCUAAAAUAAUUAUAUAUUAAUUUUAUUAAAAUUUUAAAAAAUUUUAAUUUUGGCAAAGUAUAUUUGUUUUUAAUAAACUUUUUUUUUGAAAUAAAUUUUUAUUUUUUAUUUAUUUUAUUUCAUUCAAAUUAAAAAUAAUAAUAAUAUAAUAAAAUUAAUAAUAAUAUAAAUUACAAUUUAAAAUUUUCAAAAAUUUCAUAAUAUUAAUUAAUUAUAUAAUGUAACAUGAUGUAACAUACUAUAUUUAAGUUUUAUUACAAAUGUAAUAUAUUAUAUUCAAGUUGAGAUAAAAGUAAUGAUAAAAUUUUUAUUAAUUUUAUUAAUUUAACAAUAUGUUUUAGUUAUAUUAAAUAAUGUGUAUUAAUAAAUUAUUUUUUUAUUUAAAGUAUUACAUAAUAUUAUUUAUUAUUUUAUAAUAUAUCAGUAAAUAAAAAAUAAAAUUAAAUUAAAAAUUAAAUAAAAAAUAUUGAAUUCUUUAAAUAAAAUAAUAAAUGAAACUAAUUCAUAUAAAAGAUUAAUAUUAUACUUUUGUCAUAGUAUUUCAUAAAUAUUUAAAUGUAAUAAAAAAUUUUCUAUAAUUAAACGUCAAUUACUUUGGUCGAGCCUUGAAGGUUUUAAAUGUAACCUUUGAAUUACAUAUUCAGGCAUGCAGUAUGUUGGGUUAAUUUUUUUUAAAGGAUAAUCAGUAUUUAAAAGGGAAAGCGCAGUUAAGCCAAAAAGAGUAUGAAAAGGGUCAGCAAUAUC